CAGUUUCACUUGAUCUUUAUGUUGUCAUCUUGUGCCCGCCUGGUCUCUCUUGUUCGUCCCAGGAUCUGCCAUCCUUCCCGUUCCUUCAUGGAUUUGAAGGUGCUCGUUGCCUCUUUGAAUGACUUUGCAUCACUGUCAUUUGCUGAGAGUUGGGACAAUGUUGGGUUGCUGGUGGAGCCCAGCCCUCCCCACACUGUGCGCACGCUCUUCCUGACCAAUGACCUGACGGAGGAGGUGAUGGAAGAGGCGCUGCACCGGAAGGCGGAUCUCAUCCUUUCCUACCAUCCGCCCAUUUUCCAGCCCAUGAAGCGCAUCACUUGGGAAAACUGGAAGGAGCGCUUGGUGAUCCGGGCGCUGGAGAACCGUGUGGGCAUCUACUCCCCUCACACGGCCUAUGAUGCUGCACCUCAGGGAGUGAACAGCUGGUUGGCGAAAGGACUUGGUGCCUGCACCUCCAGGCCUCUCCAUCCUUCCAAAGCUGUCAGCUGCCCGACAGAGGGAACACACAGAGUUGAGUUCAACGUUAGACACUGCCAGGACCUAGACAAAGUCAUGGCUGCAGUGAAAGGAAUCGCCAAUGUUUCUGUUACUUCUCUUUUGGCUAGAACAGAUGAAGAAGAAACACGGAUCAGUGUGAACUGUAGUCAGCAAGCUCUGAUGCAGGUGGUGGAUUUUCUUUCACAGGACACACAGCUUUAUCAGAAGACUGAAAUUCUAACCCUGGAGAAGCCUCUGCUGCUGCAUACUGGAAUGGGACGGUUGUGCACAUUGGAUGAAACUGUCUCCUUGACCACCAUGAUUGAGCGAAUCAAACGACACCUCAAACUGCCUCAUGUUCGUCUUGCUCUUGGGGCAGGGAAGACAUUAGACUCUCCAGUGAAGGUUGUGGCUCUUUGUGCUGGCUCAGGGAGCAGUGUUCUGCGGGGAGCAAAGGCUGACCUUUACCUCACAGGUGAGAUGUCCCAUCAUGAUGUUUUGGAUGCUGCUUCUCAAGGAAUAACUGUCAUCCUUUGUGAGCAUAGCAACACUGAACGCGGCUUUCUUUCUGAUCUUCGGGAUAUGCUUAGUGCCCACUUGGAGAAUAAGAUUAAUAUUUUCCUGUCAGAAAGAGACAGGGAUCCCCUUCACGUAGUAUAACUUAGAUGGAAACA